AUGGACAUCAGGCCAGAUUCUGCAGGGGGCCAGAUCGCAGUGGUCUGUGAUACAAAUGUGGCAUGGGCGGACACAGGGCAAAUGUCUAUAAGCAUUAGACCAGGCGAAAACCAAACAGGCAUGGCAAGAUUUCUCCAGGCCAAUAUGCACAGAAGUGAAGAGGCGAAUGAUCUAUUAGAUCAAAUAGUUCCCGAGAAAAAAAUCAACCUCCUGAUCAUCAGUGAGCAAUAUAGGAAUAGGGACUCCCCAACAUGGUACUCGGACAACCGUGGCCCAGCACCUAUAUGGGUGCGAAAUUCAAUAGGAAUACCGGUUGAAGACCAUAGCUCUAGAGACGGUUACGGCUGGAUCAGGAUCAAAGGAGUCACUUAUGUAAGUUGCUACCUCACUCCGAACAAGAGCAUCCAGGAUUUCCAGGAAAAACUCGAUCUACUUGAGGACACUUUACAGGAAGCAGGAGGAAGAAUAAUGACGGCCGGAGAUCUCAACCCAAGGGCGGUGGAAUGGGGAAUGCGCAAAACAGACCCGCGAGGAAAGCGUAUUCUGGAGAUGGCUGCAAGACGUGGACUGCUAGAGAUGAACACCGGCAAAACAUCAACUUUUAGACGAGCCGGCAAUGUAGGGACGAUCCCGGACAUUACUCUGGCUUCGGAAGAAGUGGCCCCUCUUAUGGUGAACUGGCAAGUCUUGGAGGAUUAUACCGGAAGUGAUCACCAGUAUGUCAAGUUCACUAUGAAAAAAAGCCUAGGUGUUAAGAUACAUAAGUGUAAGCGCAACGGCUGGAAUGUGUCUAAAAUGAACAAGGACAAAUUUUCCCUGGCGGUAACCAGAGGGCAGAACAGCCUCAUGGAGAGAUCUGACAUGGAAGCGGAAGCAACUAUGGAAGCUACUAUGCAGAUCAUAAACCAAGCCUGUGAAGCCUCGAUGCCUCGAAAGAAGAGGUACAGAAACAUGGAUGCCGCCUACUGGUGGAACGAAGAAAUCGCCGAACUCCGAAGGGAGUGUAUAAUAUGCAGACGGACAGCCACCAGAAAAAGGGCAACAGGUGUUCAGACAUACAAGGCAGCCAAGAAGGAACUGAACAAGGCGAUAAAAAAGAGCAAAAGACAGAGCUGGGGGAAGCUACGAGAGGAAGUGGAUGAUGAUCCUUGGGGUUUGGGUUACAAAAUAGUAACCCGAAAACUCGGUUCCCUAUCUGCUAGCGCAUCAAUGGGAGCGGAAACUAUGAGGCACAUCGUCGACGUACUCUUCCCGACGCAUCCGGUGAGAGAGAAAGAUUUCUAUGAAACCCCUCUAACGAACAUUCCAUUCUUCACUGAGGAGGAAUUAAUAAUAGCCGUAACCUCUCUUAAAAACAAAAAAGCGUCAGGACCCGACGGAAUUCCGGCGGAAGUCUUGAAAGCAGUAGCACGCGUCUGCCCGCAGAUCCUACUUUAUAUGAUGAAUGCUUGCUUAGCAGCCGGCAUUCUUCAUAAACAGUGGCAGGUCCAAAAAUUAGUGUUGAUUAGCAAAGGGAAAGGAGAUCUGAAUUCCCCAUCAUUAAUAGAUCUAAAUUUCCCAUCAUCAAUACACAUAGAAGAAAGCCGCUAUACCAAGAAGGUUGAUCUUCUGGCAACCCUGGAUGUCAAUAACGCCUUCAACUCGGCCAGGUGGGCUGAGACGAUCACAGCACUGGAGAGGUUCCAAACACCAGAGUAUCUCAUGCGUAUAUUGAGAGACCCAAAAAGGAAGAAAAUUACAUCCGGAGCUGCGCAGGGUUCAAAAAUUAGAGAUGCCGGAGGAUACGUACCUGUCGAGACAUACAUUCCCUUGCAGAUACCCACGGAAGUAGGAUCAGUAGUUACCACAACGAAGGCAGCCAUAAAACAUCGGGGCAUCUGGAUGGAUAACCGGCUGUCUUUCCAUAAGCAACUGAAGCAGGCAGCAGAUAAGGCAGCAAGCGUAACAUCGGCACUCAGUAUACUUAUGGUCAACGUGAGUGGCCCAAGACCAAGCAAGCGCCGGCUGCUCAUGACAGUGGCUCAGUCCAUAAUGCUCUACGGAGCUGAAAUAUGGGCUGACGCUCUCAAAAAGAAAACACACCGUAAACUCCUGGCAGUGGUGCAGCGAAGAGGCGCGCUCAGAAUUGCGUGUUUUUAUCGAACGGUGUCCGAACCAGAGAUUGUAGUAAUUGCAGGGACGAUACCGAUAGAUCUUUUGGCCCAGGAGAAGAAGAAAGUCUUCCUCAGGAAGACGGAAGUCACAUAG